AUGCGGCGGCAGUGGGGCGGCACUAGUGGUGGAGAAUCAAAAACCCGAGUCACCCUGAAAAGUGUGUCGACUAACGGGUCUCAAUGUGCUUCGGUUAAAUUGAUUCCUGCUACAAGCACUAAAUCUAUUGAUGACGAGAAACACUUGAAAUCCGCAAAUCAAGAAUCGGAUUCACCCGCGAAAGGCAAACCGGUUGAAAGCGGUUCGUCGAACCCGAACCCGAACCAAGCUGCAGUGUCGAUGAACUUUGAGCUCAAUCAAAAAGUGGUGCAGCAAGACUUUGUGGACUUGUACAUGAAGUGUAUGCAGCAAUUUACCGAGUCGUUGGCUAAGAUGAAGUUGUCGUUGGAGAUGGAGAACGAGUAGACGAGUUCUGGAAACUCGAGUUCCGGUCAGAACACUCAAACA